AUGUCUUCAGCCUUCCUACCGUCUCGAGGACAGUGCACCCAGGUCGCUGACAACAUCCAACACUGUCAGUGUCCAUGGUUCACGUCGACCCUGGUGGAUCAGUCCGUCUGCAUUAGUUGUGGGCACGGUAUUCACGCGCAUGUCGACUACGUUUCGAUGGUUGUCCAUCAUCAUCCCCCAACUCAAUGUGUCGCCUAUGUACAAAAGACGCCUCUAGCACAACGUUGCACCUGUGAAGCUCAGCUUUUUGACCACGUCGCUGUCAACAACUCGUACCGUUCUGUAGAGCCAUGGAAUGUUUUGGAUUAUUUCCAGGACAGCAAUAUCCCUUCUUCUAACUCGAGUCUCUAUUCCCACGAUGCCAAUGGUUCAUUCGCUCCGAACACCGUGGUUUUUUCAGCCACAGAUUCUGACACCGCCAUCCUUUCUCACGACGCGAGCCUUAUGCCAGUCGCAUCGGCGUCUAUUUUAUUCCCUGGUCUCCGUCACGUAUCCAGCCCUUCCAGCAAUGCGGAGAACAUACCCUUUACUUCCACCGGCAUUUCCUCUCCUUCGUCUGGUAGUAGUGCUUCAUCCAGUAUCCAACCGGAUAUCGCUGAGGCCCAAGCAUAUAACCCAUACGGUUAUUUCACUCAACAUCCGGAUUAUUUCACGAACAACUCCUAUGCUCGUCAGCCAAGCGGAGACGCGACGAGUCUCGAAUACCAGGAUUAUUCGUAUCUAGUGUAUCAUCUGGCGUCUGACACCUAG